CAAACUCAUCGUCCUCCUCCCCCUUCACAACUCACAGUUAUCUGAUCAUCUGAUAAGAUCUUUUAGAAAAUCUUCCAGUCGCAUUCUUAAUCCGUUUGUUCCCGGCCCAGGCAACAGCUUUGAAUAAACUGGGCCUGAUCUGCUGGGGUGAGAUUCGGACUCAGUUCAAAAAGCCGAGCAUCCCACCAAGCUCGCCCAGCCCACGUCCCACGAUCGCAUCCUCCCCCCAUUUCCCAAUUUUCCCACCAGAAACUUGUGGUACUCCCCAAAAUGGAUUCUUUGAGAAGCUCAGAUCAGUCCUCGGCGCCGAAGAAGCGGCGUAGGCCUGCCCUGGCAUGCGAACAAUGCCGCCGUCGGAAAGUCCGCUGCGAUAGGAACCUCCCCUGCAGCACCUGCAUCCGAUCCAAACACGCCCUCUGCACAUACACCUCGCAGACAAAGCCGGCGACUAGGAACAGUCCCAAACACGGGGAUGAAGGCACCGAGGGCUCUCUUCACACGGCUCUCCGCCUGCCGGACUCUAUUCUUCCCACGCCCUCGUCGCUGCGGGCGAGACACCCGGUGACUUCCUCUUCCGCCGUUAGUACAGAUACCACUCUACCCACUCGAAAACGGCUAGAGAACUUCAAAGACCCCGUUCACGGUUCGACUAAGGCUAGUGAGUCGGGUCUCGGGUUUCCAGAACCGAUCAUCCCUACUUCUCGGCCCCUGUCAGAAGCAUCUCCUGCCACACAUGACCCAAGGACACUCGACGGAAACCCUCUCUUCGACCCUACUGACCCCGGUGAACAUGGCGGCCUCUCAGACUUUGGGAUCUGGCGGCCCGUAAACCCUAUGCGGCCUCCGGCCUCCGUAAGUGUGAGAGCGGAGACGGCGUCGACUCCUGGAAGCUGCCCCGGUUCCUCGUCGACGGUGAACUCUCUGGUUGAUCGGGUGAAGCAACUUGAGCAGCAGUUGUCGGAUCUCACUGUGAAGUACGGUGCUAGGCAAGAGGAUAUAUCUCAACCUGCGCCUGGCCUUCGAGAGGGGUUGAGGUAUAGCCGUGGCUGCGUUAGCAAGACUCGUUACUUUGGGCAAAGUCAUUGGAUGAAUGCGGCUGACAUGUUAUACCGUCUCGUCAACUUUGCAAGGAAGUUUGAGAACCGUCGAUCAUCUCAACUCUACGUUGAUUUAGAAAGAUGCAAAAAGCUAGGCCGCAUCAUCAAAGCCCGCCGGACCCCCUCAUUCAGCACACUCUCAACUGGCAAGAGCAUGCCCUCACGAGAGUUAGCAGAUGUUCUCCUCGAAAAUUAUUUGCGUACUUUUGAGUGCAUCCACCGCAUCAUCCACGUCCCAACCUUCAAAGCAGAUCACGAAAAAUACUGGCUGAACCCCUCUGAGGCAAGCGACUCCUUCAUCAUCACCAUGCAGCUGUGCAUGGGCAUCGGCGCCACAAUGCACGACGAACGCUUUACUCUCAGAAACCUGGCCAUCCAGUGGUUCUGGGAAGCCAUGUUCUGGCUCAUUGCCCCCUGCGAAAAAUCCAAGAUGACUAUUCCCGGGCUGCAGAUCCGAUGCUUGAUGCACCAUCUUCGUCACACGGCCAAUAUCGGCUGUGAUCUCACCUGGAUCGGCGCUGGUGCUCUCCUCAGAACGGCCAUGUACAUGGGACUGCAUCGCGACCCCAAAUCAAUCAUCAAAAUGUCUCCAUACCGCGCUGAAAUUCGUCGGAGGCUAUGGGUCACCAUCUUAGAGAUGACUCUGCAGACGAGCGUCGACUCUGGAGGGCCGCCUCUCAUCUCAUUAGACGACUUCGACACUGAAUUACCGGCAAACCUGGAUGACGAGCAACUCGUCGAAGAUGGCGAGUCCGCCUUCCCCGUGCCCAGGGAUCCGGGUACACACACACAAAUGACGGUUCCCCUAGCAUUGUUCGGAACAUUCGCAGCUCGUCUUGCUGUAGCAAAGCGCGUUAAUGAAUUCCGCUCAGACACAGUGUACGAAGAGACUCUUCGGCAUAGCAAUGAACUAAGCGGAGUGCUCCAAAAGAUGAUGCAGCAGCUCAAGGCGUACUCGGCCGUCACCUCUUUCCAGCUGCGGUACGUUCAAUCCCUAACGUACCGGCUCUUCUUCGCCCUGCACCACCCGAUCGCUCCGCUGGCGCUGCGGAAUCCUGUUUACUACUUCUCUCGUAAGAUGGUCGUCGACACGGCCUUGCGGCUGUGUGAGGUCGCCUUUCUGGCCCCUGACAAGUCUGGCACUGGCGCCACGAUGAAGCCUGCGACCCCGUCCGAGGUGGAUUUCCAUCGGUUGACGAUUAAUGGUGCCGGGUUUUACCGAUCUGUUCCCUUCCAGGGCGUCAUGACACUAGGGUUGGAGCUCAUCAACAUCAAGGAGGAGGAAGUGAGGAAUGGGCACUCCAUAUUCUAUAGCGGCUCUGAAGAUCAGCUGCGCGGUAUUCUCGACGCUGUGUACAACUGGUCGCGGAAUCGAAUUCGAUCCGGAGAGACGAACAUUAAGGGCCACGCGCUGAGUGUACUUCUCAUUGCUCAUAUUCGUGGCUUGGAGCAGGGCGUCAGUGACGAAAAGAUUGAGGAAUUCUUCGAGGAGGCGUGCAAGGAGCGGGUUAAGGAGUGUCAUGAUUUACUCAAGGAGUUGGCUGGAGGCGAUGUGACUGAGGAAGGAGUCAGCAUGCCCGAUGUCCACGAUUUGGAUAUGGACUUUGAUGCCGGCGUUGACAUGCUCGGGGAUUGGGAUUGGGGCACAUCUUUGGACAAUAAUGGGUUCGGAUUCAGUUCCAUCAUGAACUUCAACGCUAUGCCUGAGAUGUUCUUAUAAUGCACCCCUCCGUCCAUUGGAAACACUGCCUGUGAAUCCAGAACACAAACAUCUGUAGUGGUGUUCUCUCAAAAGUCAGUCUACUAUUCUGUAACAUUGCGUCUUCAUGCGACGAACCGAGUGGCGAAAAUCAAUUCUCUCACCUCAGUCCUAGACCGCGUGCUUGAUUAGACUGCAAGCCAGAUACGAAAAUUAUUUGCUAGGAAUCUCUCCUCUUCGUUGAAAAAUAUGGCCGCAAAUAAGAUGGAAGCUCGGCAGUUGUUAGUUCUAGAUGUAAAUGUUUGUUUGUACACAUUUAUUUACGGCCAAAUGGGUACCAGGAUGUCCCAUACAACCUAGUCCAUUAGUCGCAUUUCUGAGAGAAGCCUUGGCUAUAUGAAUGGCUCCUUGCUCCCCGU